AUGAAAGCGAAUAAAAAAAAAUAAGUUUAAUUUGUCUAAGGAACUUUUAAAGCUAUAGAUAAUACAUCAUCCAUAAAAUCAAGCUAUAUUGAAUAGAAUUUAAUAAACGAAAAAGAAUUCGAAAGAAAUUCAAACUUUUCUGAUUCUGAAUUUAUAUCGACUUGUAGAUAACUAUUAGUUUGUUAGAAUUGUGCCAAUGAUCUCAUAAGUUAAUAUAAAGAGUUAUAUCAAAAUUUCUUGAGUAGAAAUGAAAAAUUCUUGUUUUUAUAAAGUGAUUUAAAGCAAUAUAGAAUCUAAUGUGAAAUUCAUACUUCAAAUUAGAUUCUAUAAAAGGGAAAUGAUUUAUUUAGUAAUACCAAAUAAAAGCAAUCCCAUAAUUUACUUGAACAAAAUAGAUUAAGUAUAAUGGAUUUUCCAAAGUUUUUAUACAAAGGAGAAUUCGAAAUUAUAAUACGUGCUGAUGUUUUUAAGGCUCAAGUAAAUUACUUUCUUAAAUAAAUGCAAGUAAAAGAGAAAAUUGAUAAUGAAAAAGAUAUUAUUAUGCACAUAAAUGAUAUAGUGGAUCCUGAAGACAACAUCAAAUUCAAUGAAUUUAUUCGAUAAAGAGAUAAUUAAAUAAUAAUUAAUUAUGAUUAUGAAUAGUAUAUUCUCUUCGAUAAAAUUUUAAAAUUUGGUACAACAGUAUUAGAUGUUUAAAUUUAAGAUAAUUUUAAUUUGAAAAUAUUAAGAGCAAUUAGUUCUCUGAUUUUAGAGCAAAUUUUAAAUGGUAGGGAUCAAUUUAUUUAGAAGUAUCAUUUAAAAAUAAAUUUCAUAAGAAUUCUUAAAUAUUUAAUCAUAUAAAAAAUUGAGAGUAGAAUUCAGCAAAUAGAAUUUGAGAAAUAAUAAAAAAUGCUAAUUGCAUAUAUAGAGCAAGAAGAGAAAUAAAUUGAAGCCAAAAAGGAGAAAUAAAGAAAAAAGAGAUAAUAAAGAAAGUUAAAAAAGAAAGUUAAUUAAUAAUUAGAAUAGUUAGAAGAGGAUGAAGAGGAUGAUGAAGAAACUAAAAAUUUUUGUUGCGAAGUAAAUGUCAAAACCUAAAAUGGAGAAUCUUAACACACAGACAAAGAAAUUUUAACAGAAUUGUUGAUUCUUAAAAGAAAUAUAAAUGAAAUCAAUCAAAAAAGAAAAUAGCUUAGGGAAACUAUUAGAAAAGAGUGGGAUAACUAUUAAAAAUAGUUUAAAGCAUUAAAACAAUGA